AUGUCUGCUGAAGAAGGUCGCGCUCUCGAGGAUCUUAUCUCGCUGCCCGCCAUCCCCAAGGAGGCCGGUCGCAAGAUUACGCAGAUCGAGCAGGAAUUCGUGCGUGCGGAAAUCGAGCAAUUGCGCAAGCAAAUCCCCAUUCUCCGUCCCAUCUACGCCAAGCGCAAUGCCGUCAUCGCCUCCAAGGACCUCCAAGAAGCCGAUUUCUGGCCGCGCGUCUUUGCCAAUGCACCCCAGGAAGUCGACGAGUACAUUCUUGCUACCGACGCCGCUGUCAUCGGGCAGUGUCUCAAGAACCUGACCGUCGAGCGUCUCGAGGUUGACGACAAUGGCAAUGGUGGAGACCCGCGCAGCGUGCGCUUUGUCUUUGACUUUGCGACCGGCGAGGAGAACCCGUAUUUCACAAAUGCCCAGCUCGUCAAGGAUUUCUACUACCGCAAGAAUGUCACCAAGAGCGCCAAGGGCAAGCGCCGCACUUGGGAGGGCUAUGUCUCUGCCCCCGUCCGCAUCAACUGGAAGGAAGACCAGGAUCUGACCAAGGGCCUGCUUGAUGCUACUUGCGACUUGUACGAGGCCGAGCAGAAGGACAAAUCGGUCGACCGUGUCAAGCUCCCCGAGUACGGAAAACUCGCUAAGAAGCUUGAAGAAGUUGAGGCUGAGGCGCUCACUGGCGAUGACGAGGAGGAGGCUGAUGAUGACAACCCUAUCGCCGCUAGCAGCCCGGCUGGCGUGAGCUUCUUCGCCUGGUUCGGCUACCGCGGUGGCGAGGUUACCGCUGAGCAGUCUGCUGCUGCUGAAAAGGAAGAGCUUGAGCGAUGGCAGAAGAUUGAGCGGGGCGAAAAGGUUGAUGAUGAGGAUGAAGAGGAUGAGGAUGAGGAUGAGGAUGACGACGAGGAGGAGGACUCUCUUGAGGCUGCAGAGGUCUUCCCAGACGGAGAAGACGUCGCCAUUGCCUUGGCUGAGGAUCUCUGGCCCAACGCUCUGAAAUAUUACGUCCAAUCGUACGAGGAAAUCGACGAUUUCGAUGAUGAGAUGGAUAUUGAGGAGCUUGACGACGAAGAGGACGAGGACGAGGACCAGCCUCCAUCCAAGAAGGCCCGCACUUAA